AUGGAUGGAUGCCUUGGUCUACUAGGUGAGUUGCGUGAACGUCGUGAAAUGAUAGGGUUGUGGAUUCUGAGGAAUAAUGCUACCAAAUGGGCGUUUAGUUUUCUAGACAUGUUGAAGAGUUUAUAUUUGCAUCAUUAUGUGAAUAGUCCUGAGGCCUACUGGUCAAAGUGUUGCAACUUAAGAGGUGCUAAUCUCAAUAAGCUAAUUUCCUUAAAAGAAGAGUCAUCAGAAAUGGGAGGGUACUUCAUUGUAAAUGGGAUUGAGAGAGGCCAUUCUAGGUGUGUAAAAGAAGAUCAUUCUGCAGUAACAGUCAAAUUGUACUACCUUAAGAGUGGAACGCAAAACUUGGAUUUCGGAUACAAAGGAAAAAGUGCUUUCUUGAUGUGGGUGUUGUCUUACAGCAUGAGGUGUAUUUGGGACUCCUCAGGUGACUGGAUUGCCGGUUUUUCCUUGAAUUUGGGCCAAGGUCAUCUCCUGGUGGAUGAGGUUUGGGGUCUAUAUUUUGGUCUAAAGCUUACUGUUGAGAAAGGUAUCACUAACCUUGCUAUUUAA